CGGUUGUACCCUUACGAAGGAGACACACUUAUCGACUUCAAACUCAAAUGUGAAAAAAUCAAAAUACCAAGAGGAGGGAUAAGAAUCUAUGGGAAACGUCACAGAAAAUGCUUUGUAUGUAAUAUUAUGUAUCAUUUGUUUAACGAUAGUCAAGUUUUUAUUGAUCAAGACAUAUCGAUGCCCUCGUACUGCUGUUCUUUCAUUGAUUUUGUGAUUUUGCUGAGCGAUAACACCUUGUAAUUGGUGCUUUUACCCUUUGACAACUGCGUUGUUCAUUUUCACCCCCAUUGGUUACAUAUGGAGCGAUGCAUGUUCUCCUCCCUGUAACCAUUAAGCUUCCAGUUUAAUAUACUUAGUUAUAAGGAAGCAGCAAAAUCAGCAAGAACAAGCUUGUUCUCUUAACACGAAUAGAUAUUCUCAAGUGUUCCUCCUUUUGCAAUCAGUUUUAAAAAUCCCGAUCCAUUAAUAUUGUAUUUUUUGUAUCACGAUGUCAGAUAUGUCCAAAUGGCGUAAUCCAGUUUGAAAGGAAUAGAAUAAAUCAGCGCCCUUACCCAUUUGGUCAAAGAUGGUGGUUGAGAUUUAGUUCAAUAAUAGCA